AUUAUGUAGCGGUUGGAAGAAAGCUGGAGCUAGCAGGGGAAAGUACCGACACGUGAACGGCGUCCUUGGGAGCCUCAUUAAGGAGCAUUACCCUGGCAUGGUUACUUUGCCUGGGGAGGGCAAAGUUCCGGAGCCAGCAUGUACCUGGGACCACUACAAAGCCAAUGAGGAUCUUGGUGUAGCCAACAACAUCGAGUUUCACAACAAAGCCGAGCGGGUCUUUGCCGAACUUUGGGAUUUCUAUAGAUGCGAGGAUGGAAAGUUGGAGGAGGCACGAGCAGUUGUCAACAAACAUUGCCCGAAGCUUGUGCAUAAUCUGAUGCAUGAGGCGCGCCCUUUAGCCGUCCGCAAAUAUAUGGCAACUCAAGGCUAUAAGAGUCUUGAUAAGAAAGCCGGUAGGAGACUCCGUCUUGAGAAGGACAAGUACAUGGAGGUUACUCCGAGAUGGUGCGUCGAUAAGGGGGAGUGUUGGGAGCGGAUCGUGGACUAUUGGUGUUCCAAAGAGUACAGGGCGAAAAAUAAAGAUUAUAGAAAUCGGCGAGCCGCAAUGCUGGAUCCACCACAUCAUCAAGGCAACUUGAACGUUAUGGAGUUCGGUGAACGCGUCUCACCAUAA